AACGAGCUUAUAAAAACUUUCGUAUGAUGUUUCGAAAUAUCAAUGAACCAUUUAAGGUUUUUAGCGAGAAACCAGUGACUAACAAGUCAUACGGAGGUUGUGUCAACUUUAUUACCGGAGCAGGAGGACUUCUUCAGUCUAUUGUUUUCGGAUAUGGCGGCGUUCGUUUACAUCCUGACAAACUAGAAAUCAAUCCUACACCUUUGCCAAAAACAACGUCAUGGGGUAUGCAUGGGAUAAAAUACAGAGGAAGUAUCCUGAAUAUUGAUGUAAAUGAGACUUUUAUCGCCAUUUCUGCUGUAAAAGUAUCAAAUCAUUCAAAAUUGGUAAUAAGUGGUGCAGAGUUCGGACACAUGAAUAUGCGUCUAAAUACACCGAUUGUUAUCAACAGAGGUGCAGCAUUCAUAGAACUCGAAGCUGAAAGUGACAAGACAAAUGUUUCUGAGGCAAUGAAGCCAGAGAUAUUUGUAUUUAUUCUUGUUUUAUUUUCGACUGUUUAUUGUUUUUCACAUUCGGUCAGGAUUUAAACAUAAUUAUAGGUGGUUAUGACGACUAUGAUUUUAUAAAUUAUAGAAAUGUGAAUAAAUGGUAAAUUGGUUAUGUUAAAUAGCUUUUGUAGUUUUUAACAAUGUAUUUACAAUGGAAUUAUAAAAAAUUGACAUUACAAUGACCAAAUUUUCUGAUUUUUAUUUACAGAACAUUUUUUUUCGUUUCAAGUAUCGAAUACUUAUAGAACGUGUUGUAUCUUUAAAUAUUGGAUAUAUUGAAGGGACACAUUUACAGAAUAAAAAUUAAAUUAGUUUCAAAUAUGAAUGACAAUGUAACAUAACAUUAUUGUAAUAACAUUAAAAUAAAAUUUUGAAAUAU